AUGUCUUGUACAGGCCUCCAGUUAUUUCUCUUCGAUACCACCACUCCACGGGCCUCUGAGGCGUCUGCAAUGGCCUCGACAUCCUCCGAAGAGCCUUCGCUGCUCGACAAGCUCGAUGCGGUCGCCCCUUUAGCCCAGUUCGAUGCGUUUCCCAAGUUGCCGUCGUCCUACAAGGCUCGCUCGGAAUCGAGGGGGUUCAUGACCAUCUUUGUGGCUUUCAUGGCCUUCAUGCUCGUCGUCAACGACAUCAGCGAGUUCCUGUGGGGCUGGCCCGACUUUGAAUUCAGCGUUGACAACAACAAGAAUCCUUUCCUGGACAUUAACAUCGACAUGGUGGUAGCAAUGCCCUGUGGAUACCUUAGUGUUGACCUACGCGAUGCCAUGGGGGAUAGGUUGUUUCUGAGUGGAGGUCUGCGUCGGGACGGGGUUCUCUUCGACGUCGGUCAAGCCACGGCGUUGAGAGAGCACUCAGAUGCCCUCUCAGCGUCCCAAGCCGUAGCACAGUCGAGGGCCUCGCGCGGAAUGUUCGACUGGCUCUUCCGGAGAAAAAAGUCUCUAUUUGCGCCAUCAUACAAGCACGUUGGAGAUAGCUCUGCAUGCAGAAUUGCGGGCACUCUGCAAGUCAAGCGCGUCACUGCGAACCUCCAUAUCACCACUCUCGGACAUGGAUACGCAAGCUACGAACAUGUAGAUCAUAGCAAAAUGAAUCUCUCCCAUGUUAUCACUGAAUUCUCCUUCGGACCGUUCUUCCCCGACAUUGUUCAACCUCUGGACAAUUCAUUCGAAUCCACUGACAAAAACUUCAUCGCGUACCAAUACUUCCUCCACGUCGUUCCAACGACCUACAUCGCGCCUCGUUCGAGCCCUCUGCAUACUCACCAAUAUUCCGUCACUCAUUACACUCGCGAAGUCUCACACGACCACGGCACACCUGGGAUCUUCUUCAAGUUUGAUCUAGAUCCGCUUGCCAUCACAAUCCACCAGCGCACAACGACCUUCCUGCAGCUCCUCAUCCGGUGUGUCGGUGUCCUGGGAGGAGUGUUUGUGUGCAUGGGAUAUGCUAUCCGCAUCACCACACGUGCCGUCGAAGUCGUCUCUGGCGCUGACCAAACAGCGGGCAUCGUCGCCGCAGAAUCUUCGGGUGUGAAGAUAGGCCUGAGAGCGAAAUGGGGCGGAGGCGAGCUCCGCGCGCGUCCCAAGAGCGGCAAACUCGUGCCGCAAGGCAGUGGAUGGACGAUGGAAGGCGGUGAUGGAUAUGCAAGCUAUGCUAACUCGCCAGUAACAGGCGGCUUCGCACCACAGUCGCCCUACCUCAGCGGGUCGCUCAUGAGUGGCAGUGCCCCAGGAACACCAGCGCCUCCGAUGUCCAGCUCGCUGUAUGGAAGCUUCGGGCCGGCCGUCAGCGCUGGUCCACCGCCGACGCCUGGCUCCAGGCCGACAUCUAUCUUGGGCCCACCGCCCCCGCGCUCGUCGCGCACGCCCAGUGCUGGCACCUUCAUGUCGCCGCUAUCACCUGCUGGGCAGCAGGAGUUUGCAAUUAACGGCAGUGGACACGGAAAUGGAAAUGGACAUGGGGUUGGAUCGGUACCGUCGAUACCAAGCACACCAGCAGCUGGCUACGCCACUUUCCCUAUGUCACCAAACCCUGCUUCUAGCAAUGGGUUCCAAGUGGGACCGCCUCCUCCAAGGAAGGCAGGACCGAAGAAAGACGACUAG